AUGAAAUUAUACAAAUUUAGUACCUCUCAUAUUGUAUUUGGGAAUAAGGCAAGGCAAAGAUUGUUGCAAGGAGUAAGUGAAGUAAAAAAAGCUGGUGUUCUUACUUUAGGUCCAUAAGGUAGGAAUGUUGUCAUAGAAUCUGAGACAGGAAAUCACAGAAGCACGAAAGAUGGAGUGACUGUGGUGAAGAAUGUGAUGAUGAGUGAUAGAUUGUCAGAAAUGGGUGCGGCUAUGAUUAGAUAGAGUAGUAGUUAGACGAAUAAGUUUGCAGGAGAUGGCACAACUACAUCUGCCUUAAUUGCUGCCAAUAUCUUUGAAAUGGGACAAGCUUAUGUAUCAGCUGGUCACAAUCCCAUAUAUAUCACAAGAGGAUUGAAGGAGGCCAAGAAUAGAGUCUUGGAAUAUUUGGAGGAAAUUAAAACAACUGAAAUCGACGAUCAAUUACUGUAUAAUGUUGCAAAGGUUUCUAGUAAUUAUGAUGAAAAUCUCACAAAUAUUGUAUUUAAAGCAAUAAAAGAAAUAGGUAUCAAUGGGAUUGUCACAAUUGAACCUGGAGGUACAGAAUCUGUAAUUCAGAUUCAAUAGGGAAUAUAAAUACUCAGAGGAUUUAUGCAUGAAAAAUUUGCAGACAAAGGAACAAUCAAAUGCAUUUUGCAUUAUCCAUUCAUUCUAACAUCAAAAGAACCUAUUUUAUAGAUUAAAUAAAUUCUGCCCAUACUAGAAUUGGUUAAGAAUACCAACUCCCCUCUAUUCAUAAUGGCUAGCGAUAUCAGUGAAGAAGUGAUGUCUUAGUUGUUAUACAAUCACACCAAGGACAUCAUUAAGGUGUGUGCAAUUACAAUACCAGGUAUGGGUUAAUCAUUUAGCAAUGAUUUAAUUGAUGAUUUUUCUAUUCUUUGCAAUUCUUAGUCUGUUGAGAAUGUCGAAGGGGUGAAAUAAUUAUCACAAUUAGGAAGAGCAGUCAAAAUUGAAGUAAGCAACACGGAAACCAUGAUUAUUGGAACUUAGCCUGAUGAAUAGGAGGUAGAAAAUAGAAAGAAUUUCCUAAAGAAUUAGAUGGAAAAUGCAAAUAAUUAUAGUGCACAAACUCUUAAGGAUAGAUUAACUAGAUUUGAUGGAAGGACAGCAAUAGUGUAUAUAGGAGGGAAGUCAGAGAUAGAGAUGCAUGAGAAUAGAGAUAAAUUGGUGGAUUCUCUAAAUGCUACCAAGUCCACUUUGAAAAAUGGAGUACUUCCUGGCGGAGGGACAGCUUUAUUGCAUGCUUCUAAAUUAUUGGAUUAUCUGUAAAUCGAUCCUGAAUAUUAAUUAGGAGUUUCAUUACUAUAAGAAACUCUUAGAUAGCCUAUUAAAUAAUUAUGUAGAAAUGCUGGAAUUAAUGAUGGUCAGAUUGUGAAGGUUCUGUUAGAAGAAGGCGAUUACAAUGUUGGAUUCGAUUAGAGGAGAGCUUGUUUGGGGAAUAUGAUUGAUUUGGGAGUGAUUGACAGUUUUGCUGUGGUGAAACAUUCAUUAUUGGAUGGAGUUAGUCUUGGUUCCAUGCUUCUGAGUACGGAGGCUGCCAUUGUUUUAGAUAAGAACUAUACUCCAACAGCGUUGAAUAAAUAUAAAAAAGAGGCAUUUUGA